GCCUUGACAAAAUUCUUAAAAUGUGUCAACUGGGACCUACCACAAGAGGCAAAGCAAGCACUGGAGCUGCUGGGCAAGUGGAAGCCCAUGGAUGUGGAAGACUCUCUAGAACUUCUGUCGUCUCAUUUCACCAACCCAACGGUUCGGCGCUAUGCUGUCGCCAGGCUUCAGCAGGCUGAUGAUGAGGAUUUGCUGAUGUACCUGCUACAGUUAGUCCAGGCACUGAAAUAUGAAAACUUUGAUGACAUAAAGAAUGGACUGGAACCUAGCAAGAGGGACAGUCAAGGUUCAAUGUCAGAAAGUAUGACAACAUCUGGACCUAAUGGUGCAGAAAUAGACAGUUCCCAGAUCAUGAGUCCUAUUCCACCUGUUGCAUCACCACCUCUUACUUCUAAGACAAAGGAGCUUCCAGACAGUGAAAACCUUGAUCAAGACCUUUGCACUUUCUUGAUAUCACGAGCAUGCAAAAAUUCCACGUUGGCAAAUUACUUAUACUGGUAUGUAAUAGUGGAGUGUGAAGACCAAGAUACUCAGCAGAGGGACCCAAAGACUCACGAAAUGUACUUAAAUGUGAUGAGAAGAUUUAGUCAAGCUUUGCUGAAGGGUGAUAAGUCUGUCAGAGUUAUGCGUUCGUUGUUGGCAGCCCAGCAGACAUUUGUAGAUCGGCUGGUUCAUGUAAUGAAAGCAGUGCAGCGUGAAAGUGGAAAUCGUAAGAAAAAGAAUGAGAGACUUCAGGCGUUGUUAGCAGAUAACGAAAAGAUGAAUUUAGCAGAUAUGGAACUUAUUCCACUUCCUCUGGAACCUCAGGUGAAAAUUAAAGGGAUAAUCCCUGAAAAAGCCACACUCUUCAAGAGUGCCUUAAUGCCUGCUCAGUUAUUCUUCAAGACAGAAGAUGGAGGCAAAUAUCCUGUAAUUUUUAAGCAUGGAGAUGAUUUACGUCAAGAUCAACUUAUUCUUCAGAUUAUUUCACUCAUGGAUAAGCUGUUAAGAAAAGAGAAUCUGGAUUUGAAGCUGACACCCUAUAAAGUGCUGGCAACUAGUACAAAACAUGGCUUCAUGCAGUUUAUUCAGUCAGUACCAGUUGCAGAAGUUCUUGCUACUGAGGAAAGUAUACAGAACUUCUUCAGAAAACAUGCACCUAGUGAGACUGGCCCUCAUGGAAUAAGUGCAGAAGUGAUGGACACAUACGUUAAGAGCUGUGCUGGUUAUUGUGUAAUUACUUACAUCCUUGGAGUUGGCGAUAGACAUCUGGAUAAUCUUUUGCUAACAAAAACAGGUAAACUAUUUCAUAUUGACUUUGGUUAUAUUUUGGGUCGGGACCCUAAACCUCUACCUCCCCCAAUGAAGCUGAACAAGGAGAUGGUGGAAGGUAUGGGAGGCACACAGAGCGAACAGUACCAAGAGUUCCGUAAGCAGUGCUACACAGCCUUUCUCCAUCUCCGCAGGUAUUCCAACUUGAUCUUGAACUUAUUUUCCCUCAUGGUGGAUGCCAACAUUCCAGAUAUUGCUCUUGAACCUGACAAGACUGUAAAAAAGGUGCAGGACAAGUUUCGUUUGGACCUGUCUGAUGAAGAAGCUGUCCAUUAUAUGCAGAGUCUAAUUGAUGAAAGUGUCCAUGCCCUCUUUGCAGCUGUGGUGGAGCAGAUACACAAGUUUGCACAGUUAUGCUUGCAGGCUUUCCCCUGCAAGAGUACUGGAUACUUAUAA